AGAGACUUCUGGAAGCUGCGGUGCUUCUCGAACUGUCUGUACACCAAGUAUAUGAUAUUCAUAACCGGGAACGCCGAUUAUCAUUAGCCAACCAGUAGCUGCAGGUGGAAAGGCAUCCGGUGGUGCUCGAUCCAAGUGGAAUCUUCGUUACUUAGCUAAUAAGAAAACAAGAUGCCCGAAGCACACGAUCAACCCAUGGAGGAGGAAGUGGAGACCUUUGCCUUCCAGGCAGAGAUCGCCCAGCUGAUGUCCCUGAUCAUCAACACUUUCUACUCCAACAAAGAGAUCUUCCUUAGGGAACUCAUCUCCAACUCCUCAGACGCUCUGGACAAAAUCCGAUAUGAAAGCCUCACAGAUCCAUCCAAGCUGGAUUCUGGGAAAGACCUCAAGAUCGACAUUGUUCCCAACAAAGAGGAGCGCACCCUGACCCUCAGAGACACUGGCAUUGGAAUGACCAAGGCUGACCUGAUCAACAACCUGGGCACCAUCGCCAAGUCAGGCACCAAGGCUUUCAUGGAGGCCCUGCAGGCUGGGGCCGACAUUUCCAUGAUUGGCCAGUUUGGCGUGGGCUUCUACUCAGCCUACCUUGUGGCAGAGAAGGUGACAGUUAUCACUAAGCACAACGAUGACGAACAGUACGCCUGGGAAUCCUCUGCUGGGGGCUCCUUCACUGUCAAAGUGGACUCAUCUGAGCCACUGGGCCGCGGAACAAAGGUGAUUCUGCAUUUGAAGGAGGACCAGACAGAAUACCUCGAAGAACGAAGGGUGAAAGAAAUUGUAAAGAAGCACUCCCAGUUCAUUGGAUACCCCAUUACACUGUUUGUGGAAAAGGAGCGUGAUAAGGAGGUGAGUGAUGAUGAGGCAGAGGAGGAGAAGGAAAAGGAGGAAAAGGAUGAAAAGAGUGAGGAGGACAAGCCCGACAUUGAAGAUGUGGGCUCCGACGAGGAGGAGGAUGAGAAGAAGAGCUCUGACAAAAAGAAGAAGAAGAAGAUCAAGGAGAAGUACAUUGACCAGGAGGAGCUGAACAAGACCAAGCCCAUCUGGACAAGGAACCCUGAUGAUAUCACCACAGAGGAAUACGGCGAGUUCUACAAGAGUCUGACCAAUGACUGGGAGGACCACCUGGCUGUGAAACACUUCUCAGUUGAGGGCCAGCUCGAGUUCAGGGCUCUCCUCUUUGUGCCAAGGCGUGCCCCUUUUGAUCUGUUUGAGAACAAGAAGAAGAAGAACAACAUCAAGCUCUAUGUGCGCAGAGUCUUCAUCAUGGACAACUGCGAUGAGCUCAUUCCAGAAUACCUCAAUUUCAUCAAAGGCGUGGUGGACUCAGAGGACCUUCCCCUGAACAUCUCCAGAGAGAUGCUGCAGCAGAGCAAAAUCCUCAAGGUGAUUCGCAAAAACCUGGUGAAGAAGUGCCUGGAGCUCUUCACAGAGCUUGCUGAGGACAAGGACAACUACAAGAAGUACUAUGAGCAAUUCUCCAAGAACAUUAAGCUCGGAAUCCAUGAGGACUCACAGAACCGCAAGAAAUUGUCAGAGCUGCUGAGAUACUACACUUCUGCCUCAGGGGACGAGAUGGUGUCCCUCAAGGACUAUGUCACUCGCAUGAAGGACAAUCAGAAGCACAUCUACUAUAUCACUGGUGAGACGAAAGACCAGGUGGCCAACUCGGCCUUUGUGGAGCGCCUCCGCAAGGCAGGCCUUGAGGUGAUCUACAUGAUCGAGCCCAUUGAUGAGUACUGCGUCCAGCAGCUCAAAGAAUUUGAGGGUAAGAACCUGGUGUCCGUGACCAAGGAGGGCCUGGAGCUGCCGGAGGAUGAGGAGGAGAAAAAGAGGCAGGAGGAGAAGAAGGCCCAGUUCGAGAACCUCUGCAAGAUCAUGAAGGACAUCUUGGAGAAGAAGGUUGAGAAGGUUGCAGUCUCCAACCGCCUGGUGUCCUCGCCCUGCUGCAUCGUCACCAGCACCUAUGGCUGGACUGCCAACAUGGAGAGGAUCAUGAAGGCCCAGGCCCUCAGAGACAACUCCACCAUGGGCUACAUGGCUGCCAAGAAGCACCUGGAGAUCAACCCUGAACACCCCAUCAUCGAGACACUCAGGCAGAAGGCCGAGGCUGACAAGAAUGACAAGUCUGUGAAGGACCUGGUCAUCCUGCUCUUUGAAACCGCCCUUCUGUCCUCUGGCUUCACACUGGACGACCCUCAGACACACUCAAACCGCAUCUACAGGAUGAUCAAGCUUGGCCUGGGUAUUGACGAGGAUGACAUGUCCACAGAGACAGAAACUGGCUCUGCAACCAUUGAGGACAUGCCCCCACUGGAAGGUGAAGACGAUGCAUCCAGAAUGGAGGAAGUCGACUAAAUAUUCUAAAUGCCAUUCAGUGCUGGCUGGUUAGAAAUCUAGAGUACCAAGUGGUUACUGCAUGGAUUUUUAACCAUUCUGAAAUGCGUAUAUAUCCAUGUGACUAGUUUUGAAGCUUAAAAAAUUCCAUUCCUGUUGUAAUUCAAGAACACCCCCUGACAUUGUUU